AUGUCCAAACAAGCGGGCGACCUACCAAUUUCUCGAGGACUCUCAGGCGGAGUCGAAUCAAAACAGAGAAAAUACGUGCCAGAGAAGUCAACUCAGAAUAAUACCGCAAAUAGUGACACGUUUUGGCUACUUGAAGAGAUAGAAACUUUGUUCGAAAUCUUGAAGAGUCGCAAAAAGAGAGGCGCGCAUCUAAUCGUUUGGAAGUCAGUUAAGAAAGAGUUCAAUCGUCGCUUUAAGGGUCGCUUACAAGAGAAAGGCUCUCUUAAGAAAGACGGGAAAUACAAACUACUCGAAGCUCGUUUUGCACCAAAAAGGAGUGCCGCUAGUAUUCAGGCUCUUUGUCAAACUGAGCCCUGCUUGAAGAGUGUCAUAGAAGCAUACAAGAAUAGGAAGAUAGAACCGGACAGUUCAAUGGAUGAGGACUUAAUUCAAUCAAUUCAAGUGGAAGUUUUUGAGGGAGGUCAAAGUCCCCCACGAAUGUUCGAAUGGAAAGGAAUCAGAUACAUUGACAAUAACGACCGUACGGAGGCAAAAGUUCCCUUACCAGACGAGAGCAAGACUAUCAUUGAGUACAUAAGUUUACUCAAUGAGCCGAAACAAGACAACGCUGAGCACUUUAAAUUGGGCCGAUUCCGAUUUGAAUACAAACCGAAAGUGGACUGGACCUUACGGAAUUCUGUUCACAUGGAUGAGCCUAGUCUUCGCGAUGGAGAUGUGUCAAGGGUGGAUUUUUCGUCGGUCACUAAAGAGUUUAACGACACUCUCGGAGUAUAUCGAACCAAAACCCAAAUCAAAAAAUUGGUUGCCGAUAACGACCCCAGAGAAUUGAAAGAUGACUACAUGAUGGAACAGAAUGAGAGAAAGAGAGAGAUAGAGGUUACAAAUGCGACCGCUGCUGCAUAUGCGUUCUCGGCGAAAAAAUUAAGAAUUUCCUCUUUCGACGAGGAUCAGUAA